CUCUCUCUCUCGUGGCCGAGACGGCACGAUGAGCCCGUUCCGCCAAUUACAGUGAAUUAUUGGAUUAAAAUAACGCGAUCAUCUUUGCUAGUGGGAGUCUCUUUCAGUCUUUCUCUCUCCUCCAAUGUAUAUAACGACAGAAUUUUAGUGUAUCGGCAUCGUCACCGAGUCUGAGAAUUCGUUCCAAAGAAAAAGAUGGAGACAGUAGUGAGAGAUGAAACUGAAAAUGGAAAAACAGAGGAGCAGAAGGGUAUUACGAAGGACGCUUCGAUUUGUGGAUAUGAUUCGCUCCAUCGCCUCCUAAGCGCAUCUCUCGAACCCCAUGUCUUCCAGGAAGUAAGUCGCUUACUUCUGGGACUGAAUUGUGGAAGAGCGCUUGAUCCUAUUGUUCUCCCAAAGUUGGCUACUUCUUUUUCUAAGGAACAUGAUUUCGACUUGCAGGCUUUCUGCUUCCAUGCUGACAAAGAGUUACUAAGAGAGCCUCGGAUGGUACGGGUUGGCCUGAUUCAGAAUUCAAUUGCUCUUCCAACAACUGCACCUUUCUUGGACCAAAAGAGAGCAAUCUUGCAGAAAAUAAAACCCAUUAUUGAUGCCGCAGGUGCUUCAAGUGUCAACAUUUUAUGCUUGCAAGAGGCAUGGAUAAUGCCAUUUGUAUUUUGUACUCGGGAGAAGAGAUGGUGUGAAUUUGCAGAGCCUGUUGAUGGAGAGUCAACCCAAUUCCUUCAAGACCUAGCACGGAAGUAUAACAUGGUCAUAGUGAGCCCUAUUCUUGAGAGGGAUGUUAACCAUGGAGAAACUCUCUGGAAUACUGCUGUUAUAAUUGGAAAUCAUGGUAACAUAAUUGGCAAGCAUCGAAAAAAUCACAUACCUAGAGUUGGGGAUUUCAAUGAAAGUACAUACUAUAUGGAAGGAAACACUGGGCAUCCUGUGUUUGAGACAGCUUAUGGGAAGAUUGCUGUAAACAUCUGUUACGGAAGGCACCAUCCUCUGAAUUGGUUAGCAUUUGGUUUGAAUGGUGCCGAGAUCGUGUUCAAUCCUUCUGCUACUGUUGGAGAAUUGAGCGAACCAAUGUGGCCCAUUGAGGCUCGCAAUGCUGCAAUAGCAAACAGUUACUUUGUGGGUUCCAUCAACCGUGUUGGGACCGAGAUUUUCCCUAAUCCAUUCACUUCAGGGGAUGGAAAGCCUCAGCAUGCAGAUUUUGGGCACUUCUAUGGAUCAAGUUAUUUUUCGGCACCAGAUGCUUCCUGCACACCUUCUCUCUCCCGUUAUAAGGAUGGGUUGAUGAUAGCAGACAUGGACCUCAACCUCUGUCGGCAGCUGAAAGACAAGUGGGGAUUCCGGAUGACUGCACGGUAUGAAUUAUAUGCAGAUAUGCUUGCUCGCUAUGUCAAGCCAGAUUUUGAGCCCCAACUGAUAACCGAUCCCCUGUUAAAGAAGAGACCUUAAACAUGCAGAUAGCAGUCAAGGAUGAAGAAUGAAACAAGUGAAGAAGUUGGUAUUUUUCUGAACUAUAAAUUUAACCAUCGAUUGGAAAUAAAUUCUUGUCAGUUGUUUAUGGUGUGAAACUAUCUAAGUUAAGAAUUCUUAGCUUCAGCUUGCAUUGCAGUCUUUUCUACCACAAAGAUGCAGACAUUGCUGAAUUUGGAACCCCUAUAUCCAUCACAUGGAAAACAUAUAGGCAUUUGCUUCUCAUAAUUAUGGCUGGACUGGACCAACAGUUGCAUUU